AUGGCGGAGGAGAGGGGCGUGAGCGCGGUGGUGUGGAGGCCUGGCGGGCGCUCCAGAGCCUCGGGUCGUCGUGCUUGCGUUAGCCGGGCUCAGAGCGCUCUUCCGCGGCCUGACUCCGUGACUCCGCCCCGCUGUGCUCCACAUGGCGACAUCUUGUUUUGGUUUUUUCUGCUCGGUGCCCUCCCCUCCUUCAGCCACGGUUUGGUGUUUGAGCCCCGCGCAGGUUUAAAGAGCCCUCCCCACCCGAAGCUGCUCCUCUCCCCGGAUCUCCUCCUACGCAGUGCCCCGGUCCCCGCAGUCCGGUUCGCUGGGUUUGGGUUCCCUCCUGCAAGGGCUGGGGGAGGCGUAGAGUACCUCUCCUUUCUCCCUCACGACCCUCUUCUCUCCCUCAAGGCAGUCUUCUCUCCCUCUCCCCUCCCUCACGGCUCUCUUUUCUCUCCCUCAAGGCCCUCUUCUCUCCCUCAAGGCCCUCUUCUCUCCCUCAAGGCCCUCUUCCUCACGGGUCUUUUCUCUCCCUCUCGACCCUCUCCUCUCCCUCACGGCCCUCUCCCCUCCCUCACGGCUCUCUUUUCUCUCCCUCAAGGCCCUCUUUUCUCUCCCUCAAGGCCCUCUUCCUCACGGGUCUUUUCUCCCCCUCACGGCUCUCUUUUCUCUCCCUCAAGGCCCUCUUUUCUCUCCCUCAAGGCCCUCUUCCUCACGGGUCUUUUCUCUCCCUCUCGACCCUCUCCUCCCCCUCACGGCCCUCUCCUCCCCCUCACGGCCCUCUCCUCCCCCUCACGGCCCUCUCCUCCCCCUCACGGCCCUCUCCCCUCCCUCACUGCCCUCUCCUCCCCCUCACGGCCCUCUCCUCCCCCUCACUGCCCUCUCCUCCCCCUCACGGCCCUCUCCUCUCCCUCACGGCCCUCUCCUCUCCCUCACGGCUCUCUUUUCUCUCCCUCAAGGCCCUCUUUUCUCUCCCUCAAGGCCCUCUUCCUCACGGGUCUUUUCUCUCCCUCUCGACCCUCUCCUCUCCCUCACGGUCCUCUCCUCCCCCUCACGGCCCUCUCCUCCCCCUCACGGCCCUCUCCCCUCCCUCACGGCCCUCUCCUCCCCCUCACGGCCCUCUCCUCCCCCUCACGGCCCUCUCCUCCCCCUCACUGCCCUCUCCUCCCCCUCACGGCCCUCUCCUCUCCCUCACGGCCCUCUCCUCUCCCUCACGGUCCUCUCCUCUCCCUCACGGUCCUCUCCUCCCCCUCACGGCCCUCUCCUCCCCCUCACGGCCCUCUCCUCCCCCUCACGGCCCUCUCCUCCCCCUCACGGCCCUCUCCCCUCCCUCACUGCCCUCUCCUCCCCCUCACGGCCCUCUCCUCCCCCUCACUGCCCUCUCCUCCCCCUCACGGCCCUCUCCUCUCCCUCACGACCCUCUCCUCUCCCUCACGGCUCUCUUUUCUCUCCCUCAAGGCCCUCUUUUCUCUCCCUCAAGGCCCUCUUCCUCACGGGUCUUUUCUCUCCCUCUCGAGCCUCUCCUCUCCCUCACGGUCCUCUCCUCCCCCUCACGGCCCUCUCCUCCCCCUCACGGCCCUCUCCCCUCCCUCACGGCCCUCUCCUCCCCCUCACGGUCCUCUCCUCCCCCUCACGGCCCUCUCCUCCCCCUCACUGCCCUCUCCUCCCCCUCACUGCCCUCUCCUCCCCCUCACGGCCCUCUCCUCUCCCUCACGGCCCUCUCCUCUCCCUCACGGCCCUCUCCUCUCCCUCACGGUCCUCUCCUCCCCCUCACGGCCCUCUCCUCCCCCUCACGGCCCCUCCUCCCCCCCACGGCCCUCUCCUCCCCCUCACGGCCCUCUCCCCCCCCUCACGGCCCUCUCCCCUCCCUCACGGCCCUCUCCUCCCCCUCACGGCCCUCUCCUCCCCCUCACUGCCCUCUCCUCCCCCUCACGGUCCUCUCCUCUCCCUCACGACCCUCUCCUCUCCCUCACGGCCCUCUCCUCUCCCUCACGGCCCUCUCCUCCCCCUCACGGCCCUCUCCUCCCCCUCACGGCCCUCUCCUCCCCCUCACUGUCCUCUCCUCCCCCUCACGAUCCUCUCCUCCCCCUCACGGCCCUCUCCUCUCCCUCACGGCCCUCUCCUCUCCCUCACGGCCCUCUCCUCCCCCUCACGGCCCUCUCCUCCCCCUCACGUCCCUCUCCUCCCCCUCACGGCCCUCUCCCCUCCCUCACGACCCUCUCCCCUCCCUCACGGCCCUCUCCUCCCCCUCACGGUCCUCUCCCCUCCCUCACGGCCCUCUCCUCCCCCUCACGGCCCUCUCCCCUCCCUCACGACCCUCUCCCCUCCCUCACGGCCCUCUCCUCCCCCUCACGGCCCUCUCCCCUCCCUCACGACCCUCUCCCCUCCCUCACGGCCCUCUCCUCCCCCUCACGGUCCUCUCCCCUCCCUCACGACCCUCUCCUCCCCCUCACGGCCCUCUCCUCUCCCUCACGGCCCUCUCCUCUCCCUCACGGCCCUCUCCUCCCCCUCACGUCCCUCUCCUCCCCCUCACGGCCCUCACUGCCCUCUCCUCCCCCUCACGGCCCUCUCCUCCCCCUCACGGUCCUCUCCCCUCCCUCACGACCCUCUCCUCCCCCUCACGGCCCUCUCCCCUCCCUCACGACCCUCUCCUCUCCCUCACGGCCCUCUCCUCCCCCUCACUGCCCUCUCCUCCCCCUCACUGCCCUCUCCUCCCCCUCACGGCCCUCUCCUCCCCCUCACGGCCCUCUCCUCUCCCUCACUGCCCUCUCCUCCCCCUCACGGCCCUCUCCCCUCCCUCACGGCCCUCUCCUCCCCCUCACGGCCCUCUCCCCUCCCUCACGGCCCUCUCCUCCCCCUCACGUCCCUCUCCCCUCCCUCACGGCCCUCUCCUCCCCCUCACGGCCCUCUCCUCCCCCUCACUGCCCUCUCCUCCCCCUCACGGCCCUCUCCUCCCCCUCACGGCCCUCUCCCCUCCCUCACGGCCCUCUCCUCCCCCUCACGUCCCUCUCCCCUCCCUCACGGCCCUCUCCUCCCCCUCACGGCCCUCUCCCCUCCCUCACUGCCCUCUCCUCCCCCUCACGGCCCUCUCCUCCCCCUCACGGCCCUCUCCUCCCCCUCACGGCCCUCUCCUCCCCCUCACGUCCCUCUCCCCUCCCUCACGGCCCUCUCCUCCCCCUCACGGCCCUCUCCCCUCCCUCACUGCCCUCUCCUCCCCCUCACGGCCCUCUCCUCCCCCUCACGGCCCUCUCCUCCCCCUCACUGCCCUCUCCUCUCCCUCACUGCCCUCUCCUCCCCCUCACGGCCCUCUCCCCUCCCUCACGGCCCUCUCCUCCCCCUCACGGCCCUCUCCCCUCCCUCACUGCCCUCUCCUCCCCCUCACGGCCCUCUCCCCUCCCUCACUGCCCUCUCCUCCCCCUCACGGCCCUCUCCUCCCCCUCACGGCCCUCUCCUCCCCCUCACGGCCCUCUCCCCUCCCUCACGGCCCUCUCCUCCCCCUCACGUCCCUCUCCCCUCCCUCACGGCCCUCUCCUCCCCCUCACGGCCCUCUCCCCUCCCUCACUGCCCUCUCCCCUCCCUCACGGCCCUCUCCUCCCCCUCACGACCCUCUCCCCUCCCUCACGGCCCUCUCCUCCCCCUCACGGUCCUCUCCCCUCCCUCACGGCCCUCUCCUCCCCCUCACGGUCCUCUCCUCUCCCUCACUGCCCUCUCCUCCCCCUCACUGCCCUCUCCUCCCCCUCACGGCCCUCUCCCCUCCCUCACGGCCCUCUCCUCCCCCUCACGGUCCUCUCCCCUCCCUCACGGCCCUCUCCUCCCCCUCACGGCCCUCUCCUCUCCAUCACUGCCCUCUCCUCCCCCUCACUGCCCUCUCCUCCCCCUCACGGCCCUCUCCCCUCCCUCACGGUCCUCUCCUCUCCCUCACUGCCCUCUCCUCCCCCUCACGGCCCUCUCCCCUCCCUCACGGCCCUCUCCUCCCCCUCACGGCCCUCUCCCCUCCCUCACGGCCCUCUCCUCCCCCUCACGUCCCUCUCCCCUCCCUCACGGCCCUCUCCUCCCCCUCACGGCCCUCUCCUCCCCCUCACUGCCCUCUCCUCCCCCUCACGGCCCUCUCCUCCCCCUCACGCCCCUCUCCCCUCCCUCACGGCCCUCUCCUCCCCCUCACGUCCCUCUCCCCUCCCUCACUGCCCUCUCCUCCCCCUCACUGCCCUCUCCUCCCCCUCACUGCCCUCUCCCCUCCCUCACGGCCCUCUCCUCCCCCUCACGGCCCUCUCCCCUCCCUCACGGCCCUCUCCUCUCCCUCACGGCCCUCUCCUCCCCCUCACUGCCCUCUCCUCCCCCUCACGGCCCUCUCCCCUCCCUCACGGCCCUCUCCUCUCCCUCACGGCCCUCUCCUCCCCCUCACUGCCCUCUCCUCCCCCUCACGGCCCUCUCCUCCCCCUCACGGCCCUCUCCUCCCCCUCACUGCCCUCUCCUCCCCCUCACGGCCCUCUCCUCCCCCUCACGGCCCUCUCCUCUCCCUCACGGUCCUCUCCUCCCCCUCACGGCCCUCUCCCCUCCCUCACGAUCCUCUCCCCUCCCUCACGGCCCUCUCCUCCCCCUCACUGCCCUCUCCUCCCCCUCACGGCCCUCUCCUCCCCCUCACGGCCCUCUCCUCUCCCUCACGGCCCUCUCCUCCCCCUCACGGCCCUCUCCUCCCCCUCACGGCCCUCUCCUCCCCCUCACGGCCCUCUCCUCCCCCUCACGGCCCUCUCCCCUCCCUCACGGCCCUCUCCUCUCCCUCACGGCCCUCUCCUCUCCCUCACGGCCCUCUCCUCUCCCUCACGGCUCUCUUUUCUCUCCCUCAAGGCCCUCUUUUCUCUCCCUCAAGGCCCUCUUCCUCACGGGUCUUUUCUCUCCCUCUCGACCCUCUCCUCUCCCUCACGGUCCUCUCCUCCCCCUCACGGCCCUCUCCUCCCCCUCACGGCCCUCUCCCCUCCCUCACGGCCCUCUCCUCCCCCUCACGGCCCUCUCCUCUCCCUCACGGCCCUCUCCUCCCCCUCACGGCCCUCUCCUCCCCCUCACUGCCCUCUCCUCCCCCUCACUGCCCUCUCCUCCCCCUCACGGCCCUCUCCUCUCCCUCACGGCCCUCUCCUCUCCCUCACGGCCCUCUCCUCUCCCUCACGGUCCUCUCCUCCCCCUCACGGCCCUCUCCUCCCCCUCACGGCCCUCUCCUCCCCCUCACGGCCCUCUCCUCCCCCUCACGGCCCUCUCCCCUCCCUCACUGCCCUCUCCUCCCCCUCACGGCCCUCUCCUCCCCCUCACUGCCCUCUCCUCCCCCUCACGGCCCUCUCCUCUCCCUCACGACCCUCUCCUCUCCCUCACGGCUCUCUUUUCUCUCCCUCAAGGCCCUCUUUUCUCUCCCUCAAGGCCCUCUUCCUCACGGGUCUUUUCUCUCCCUCUCGACCCUCUCCUCUCCCUCACGGUCCUCUCCUCCCCCUCACGGCCCUCUCCUCCCCCUCACGGCCCUCUCCCCUCCCUCACGGCCCUCUCCUCCCCCUCACGGCCCUCUCCUCUCCCUCACGGCCCUCUCCUCCCCCUCACGGCCCUCUCCUCCCCCUCACGGCCCUCUCCUCCCCCUCUCACUGCCCUCUCCUCCCCCUCACUGCCCUCUCCUCCCCCUCACGGCCCUCUCCUCUCCCUCACGGCCCUCUCCUCUCCCUCACGGCCCUCUCCUCUCCCUCACGGCCCUCUCCCCUCCCUCACGACCCUCUCCCCUCCCUCACGACCCUCUCCCCUCCCUCACGGCCCUCUCCUCCCCCUCACGGCCCUCUCCCCUCCCUCACGUCCCUCUCCCCUCCCUCACGGCCCUCUCCUCCCCCUCACGGCCCUCUCCCCUCCCUCACGACCCUCUCCCCUCCCUCACGACCCUCUCCCCUCCCUCACGGCCCUCUCCUCCCCCUCACGGCCCUCUCCCCUCCCUCACGGCCCUCUCCUCCCCCUCACGGCCCUCUCCCCUCCCUCACGUCCCUCUCCUCCCCCUCACGGCCCUCCCCCUCACGGCCCUCUCCCUCACGUCCCUCUCCUCUCCCUCACGUCCCUCUCCCCUCCCUCACGGCCCUCUCCCUCACGGCCCUCUCCCCUCCCUCACGGCCCUCUCCUCCCCCUCACGGCCCUCUCCUCCCCCUCACGGCCCUCUCCUCCCCCUCACGGCCCUCUCCUCUCCCUCACGGCCCUCUCCCCUCCCUCACGGCCCUCUCCUCCCCCUCACGGCCCUCUCCUCCCCCUCACGGCCCUCUCCUCCCCCUCACGGCCCUCUCCUCUCCCUCACGGCCCUCUCCCCUCCCUCACGGCCCUCUCCUCUCCCUCACGGCCCUCUCCUCCCCCUCACGGCCCUCUCCUCUCCCUCACGGCCCUCUCCUCCCCCUCACGGCCCUCUCCUCCCCCUCCUCCCUCAGCCCCGUCUGCGGCGAUGGAAGCGGACGCCUGGAACAGUUCGGCAUUUCGUCCUGA